AUGCGGCUGUGGCUGCAUUACUGCAUUAGAAAUGACACAGCUCACUGUAUCUGUUGUAUAUGUUCUUCCAACAAUACUGGUCCAAGCGAAUCGCCAUUUAUGUCAAAGGGCUUCAAAAACUGGAAGAAAGCAAGUGAUGAGCACCUUGACGCCCAUGCGCGCAGUGAAGUACACCAACUUUCAGAAGAAAAGAUGACUAACUUCCUAAAGACACGCUGCCCAGGCAGUGACAUCAGUGCAAGACUACAUAGACAGGCAGCCGAGCUACAGCGUUGGACAAUGAAAGGCGUCCUGUCUAUUAUUGAUGUAGUCAUUGCAUUGGGACAGCGGAGCAUUCCAUUAAGAGACAAUUGGGAUCCCUCUAAAAGAAAUGAAGAUAGGAAUUUCUCCUUCUUUGUUGACUUGAAAUCCAAAUAUGAUCCAGAACUCAAAGACCAUUUGGAUCAUGCUUCCGGUAGUGCUGAGUACACGUCUCCGAGGAUUCAGAACGAAAUAAUCAAUUUGUGCGACAGUCUCACUAGAAACCGUGUCCGAGCAUCAAUACCAAAGUAUUGGAGUGUUAUGGCCCGCGAAACGCAAGAUUGUUCUACACUGAACAACUUAGUAUAUGUGUGCGAUAUCUCAGCAGUGAAGAUGAAGUCUGUGAAGAGGGGGGCAUUGGGGCCUAUUGGAAACUUGGUGACAAGUGGAGCAUACAGAGUAAACUACACUAAUUUCAUUACAGGAUUUAUGAAUGCCAUGGACUUGGCAUUCGUAUCUUCUAGUAUCUGCUUAAAUUGA